AUGAUAGAGGAGCAGGUUGAUUACACUGCUGCUCUGUCCGUCUUCAAAAGAGGCAUUAGCACGGCCCUCAUCAUUUGUCUGUUUUAUUUCCUUUCAGAGAAUCAACAAAGAACUAUUAUCAUAGCUGUAAUCAUAAGCAUCCUAUUCAUACUUUGGUGGGCAGCACAGUAUACUAAUCAGCCAUACAGUGAGGUGUCAUCUGUUCGAGCCUGUCCAGCUUUGUGGAUCAACUAUGAGGGAAAAUGCUACUUUUUCUCAGAGGAAAAAGGAGAUUGGGCUUCCAGUCAGAUAUUUUGUGAUUCACAUAAUUCCGUCCUGGCUGUGAUUGACAGUGAGCAAGAAAAGGCAUUCAUUCUGCGCUACAUCAGGGACACUGGUCACUGGAUUGGUCUGAGGAAGGACUCUGGACAAACCUGGAAAUGGGGAAAUGGGCAAGAAUUCAAGAACACGUUGGAGCUGAAAGAAGACGGAGAGUGCGCAUUUCUGAGCACUGACAUUGCCGUGUCAGAUUGUCACGUAGCAAGAAACUGGAUCUGUAGCCAGCCUGAUACUUAUACAAGGAGCAGAAGUUAGGGCGCCAUCCUAACCCAAGAUCCACUGGGGUGAACAGGCAACAUAGGAGAUGCAAAUGAGAACUCCAGUCAGUAAUCUGGUCUCUGCACUUUUGGACCAACUAAAUUUUCCAAGUCUUCAUCAAGGGCAGCUUUCCCCCUCUUUGAAACAGAGAGUGGCCAACUUGGCUUAAUCAUGCUGUUGUCUUGGGUCUUUUGUUGGAGGUGAAAGAAAAAAAUCAAGUGUGCAUUUCUGAGCUUCUUUGUAACCCCACUUUCUAAAGCAGCGUCCAUAUAUUCUGUCUCUUUCAUUUCCAUGUAAUAAACCAAAUCCUUACAACUUCCUCGUAUGACAAAUUCUUGAUUAGGCAAAAGUGUUAAAGGCAUGCACACAGUUUAAAUGGACGCAUAUCCUGGCCCCAUGCAAAAGGCUCUAUUCCUCUCGAGAGUGUACGUCAAGGCUAUACACGUAUGUGGAUUUAGACAUACCAUUGACACGUAUGUGCAAACAGACGGACCCCUGGGAACAAGUGGUUCCAUUCCUAUGUGUGGUCUAGUCCAGAGAGUAGCAUUGAGAUAGUGCUCUUUGAACCCCUGGCAUUUGUGCUAUUGGGUUCUGUAGGGCACUUUCUGCCCCCAGUUCUACUUAAUAUGAAGCCAUUGGGAGUUCUGGAAUAUGGUGCCAUCAGCACUCUAAUGACAUGUAGCUCCAUAAGUUCUGUAUCGGGAGAGGCUACGGAAGCCCUGGGAAUCAAAGAGUUGGAAGGUAUUUCCAAGGGUUCAACCCCCUACAAUGCAGGAAUCUCAACUAAAGCAGCCGUGACAGAUGGCAACCCCCGUUUUGGUGGGGGUUGCAUUCUGGGUCAUUGCACGCAAUGGUGGAGCACAUGUAAGCCCACCCCUCCCCGCUAUGACCCAACCCCAUUCCACCCCCUUUUCCUUCACUUCUGGGUCUACAGCGAUGCAUGGGUGCAUGGUUCUGUGUGCUUUGAACAUGCGGGAAAUGGUUGUUGCCUGUAAAUAACUUGUGGGUACUCCUGGGUGCAAGGGACGCGGGUGGCACUGUGGGUUAAACCACAGAGCCUAGGACUUGCCAAUCAGAAGGUCGGCAGUUUGAAUCCCAGCGACAGGGUGAGCUCCUGUUGCUCGGUCCCUGCUCCUGCCAACCUAGCAGUUCGAAAGCACGUCAAAGUGCAAGUAGAUAAGUAGGUAC